AUGUUGCGGCUGCUCGUCGUCGCCGCCGCGGCGACCGUCGGCGCGCUCAAGCCGCCGAACGCGCGCAUGACGCGGGGCGUGCCCAACGCGAAGUGGCACUUCGACGUCCUCGCGCGCGAGCCCGCGGCGCCCGCGGUCAACGGCGACCCCGUCGCGGACGUGGAGCUCGUCGCGCGCGACGGCAAGGGGGAGAUCGGCUGGUUCGAGCUCUUCUUUGCCCGCGCGAGCGACGACGCCGGCGCCGUGCGGAGCCACGGCGGGCGCCACUACGCGCGGCUCAUCGGCGAGGACGACAGGGACCGCGCGUUCGGCAAAAACAUGAUGGUCGACACGUCGGCCCGCCGCCGGGGCGUCGCGAGCCGCCUGCUGUUGGCCGCCGAGGACGUCGCGCGGGGCUGCAACCUCUCGGAGUUCGUCAUCACGGCGGUCAAGAGCCACGAGCCGAGCCGCCGGCUCUACGAGAAGCUCGGCUUCUCCGAGGUGCCCGCGGAGCUCGCGACGGACAGCGAGUCCGUCGUCCUGCGCAAGUUCGUCCCGACGGCGACGCCGACGGAGUAA